AUGGGGGCCACAGGAACAGGAAAAUCCCGUCUCUCUGUUGACCUUGCCACCCAUUUUCGAGGAGAAAUUAUUAACUCGGAUAAAAUGCAAGUUUACAAGGGACUUGAAAUUGUUACAAACAAGAUCACACAUACUGAAAAACAAGGUGAAAUUAAACAAGAUUCAGACUUCACAGCUGAAGACUUUUGUUUGCAAGCUAUCAUCUAUAUAGAAAAAUUACUGAAGACUCAACGUGUUCCAAUUAUUGUUGGAGGGUCAAAUUCGUAUAUCGAAAAACUUGUGGAAGAUCCUGUGUUCAUGUUCAAAUAUAAGUAUGAUAGCUGCUUUAUUUGGAUUGAUGUUGAGCAAUCAGUCUUGAACUGUAGAAUUGACAUAAGGGUUGAUAAAAUGGUCAAAGCAUAUAAAAUGAAUACAUUCAUCAAUAAUGAAGAGUUCAAGAAGAAAGUUAUCUUCAUAAUGGGGGCCACAGGAGCGGGAAAAUCAUGUUUCUCUGUUGACCUUGCCACCCAUUUUCGAGGAGAAAUUAUCAACUUGGAUAAAAUGCAAGUUUACAAGGGACUUGAAAUUGUUACAAACAAGAUCACACAUACUGAAAAACAAGGUGUACGACACUAUUUGUUAGGGCUAGUGGAUGAGGUGCGACAGAUUUUAAUUCCAGAUGCAGAUUACACCAAAGGAAUCCAACGGUCCAUCGGGGUCCCUGAAAUGGACAGAUAUUUAAGGGAAGAAACAAACAUAGACGGAGAGGAUGAAUCAAAGAAGAUGAUUUUUCAAGCUUCAAUUUCAAGUAUCAAGCGUAAUACUCGUGAAAUUGAACCAGAUUCAGACUUCACAGCUGAAGAUUUUUGUUUGCAAGCUAUCAUCUAUAUAGAAAAAAUACUGAAGACUCAACGUGUUCCAAUUAUUGUUGGAGGGUCAAAUUCGUAUAUCGAAAAACUUGUGGAAGAUCCUGUGUUCAUGUUCAAAAUAUAA